UUCAGAUUAGCCAUUGUUCUCAUAAUCUCAUAGAGUCAUAGUUCCUCAAAACUUGGUUUAAUUCUCUCCAAAAAAAGGUUUAAUUACUCAACUGUUUUUGUGUUCAUUUUGGUUCAAGGCUGCAGGUAUGGCGGCAUCACUCAUAAAAAUAGGACCAGCUGGUCGAACUUCAAACAAUGUCUGGGAUGAUAGUGGGCGUACAAAAAUUACUGCCAUAUAUUUGUCAUAUAGUUACUACGGUAUAAGAUCGCUGCAGUUUCAAUACGAUGAAGCUGGAAUUUCAGUGAUCUCCCCAAAUUGCUUUGGGUCGCAUAGUGGACCAAAAUUUACAACGGUUGCAUUCGAAACUAACGAGUACGUCACGGGAAUAAGUGGUAUCUACCACAAUUCUGAUGGGUUAACUUCACUCUCAAUUCAAACCAACCGAAGAACUUUAGGACCUUUUGGAAACUCAACGGAACAUUGGUUUACUACCAGAUUUAGCUAUCAGUUUGGUCCAACCAACCGAUUUGGUGGAUUUUAUGGCAGCUUCUUAUUGGGAUAUUAUGUGUUGUAAAUAUUAUUUAUAUUUAAUAGGUUGACUUACUCAAGGAGUGGGGUUUUGUAACAAACAUUUUUUACCAGAAUACAUAAAAGAGAACUUUCUCUCUCUUAACACUUUUCUUCUCUCUUUACCCAGAACUGAUGAAUGGUGAUUUGAUGAUUUGAGAAUCAUCAAGAUUUGAUGAUUUCUUAUGGUAUCAGAGCAAAAGGAUUUUGAAUUCAUCUAAUUCUUCCGCAAUUUUGUUAAUCUGAUUCGCGAUUUCGCAAAUUUUCCCCAAAUUUUUUGGAAUUAAUUUUCAAUCGAUUUUUUUAGGGAUUAAAAUGUCCGAAAGUGCUACAGAAAACAGUUCUUCUUCUCUUAAUUCUGCGAUCAAUUACAAUGAUCCAUACUUCUUAUCUUCUUCUGAUAAUUCUAAUUCUCAGCUUGGACAAAUCAUCUUCAAUGGGGAUAAUUACCUCAACUGGAGUCGGAGUGUUCGUCUUGCACUCGGAGCGAAGAACAAGCUUGCUUUUGUUGACGGAACUCUGACGCGUCCUUCUGCUGAUUCCUCUAAUCUUCAAAAAUGGGUCCGCAACGAUUAUAUGGUCACUGGUUGGAUCCUCUGCUCUAUGGAGAAAAACAUUGCUGAGUGCUUCAUCUUCAAUCAUUCUGCUCGGGAUCUUUGGCUUGAAAUACAGGAGAGGUAUGGCCAUUCCAAUGCUCCACAAUUGUAUGAAAUUCAUAAGAAUUUAAUGUCAAUCGAACAAAAUGAUGACUCAAUUGCUGUGUACUAUGGAAAACUCAAGCAAGUUUGGGAUAAAUUGCAAAUUAUAGAACCUUUUCCAGAUUGUACUUGUGGUGCUAUGUCAAAAUGCAGCUGUGGAUUAUUGAGAAAGAUUCUAGAGGCAGAUCAAUUGCGAAAAUUAAUUCAAUUAAUUACUGGUCUCAAUAAGGACUAUGAUCAAGCUAAGAUAAAUUUGUUAAGUAUGGAUCCUCUGCCUUCUGUUAAUAGAGCCUAUCAUUUACUUCAACAAAUUGAGAAGCAAGGUGCUCUAAAUUUGAGUUCUCAUUCUUCGGAAAUGAGCGCACUGUUAUCUGUUCACAACAAUCAGUAUAACAGACCUCCAUCUGGUUCUGCUGGCCAGAGGAGAGACUACAGAGAUUCCUCUAAGAAGCAGAAGUUUGAUAGAUUUUGUGACCAUUGCAAGAUGAAAGGUCAUACAAAGGAUGUAUGUUUCAAGAUCGUCGGCUAUCCCGAGUGGUAUAAAGGUAGCAAGGGUCAGGGUACUCAAGGGAAUAGGUCUCACAAUUCUCAAAGGUUUGCUGGUUCUGUCGAGGAAAAGGAAAAUUAUUCUGCUGGUAUUCUCGGAAGCUCGCCUUUGGAUUUCGAAAUUGGUUCUGGUUCUAAUGUUAACAAUGUUGUUGGUACAACUGCUACAAUCAAUCCUCAGGUGUUCUCAGCACUAUACAAGGAGUUUGUGAAGAUAAUGCAGUCAACUCAAGUUGCUCCCUCGACUGAGUCAUUCAAUUCUGCGGUGAACUUUGCAGGUACUUUAUCUGCUACACAAACUUCUGGUUCUUUAUUAACUGCUAGUCAGCAUGUCUGGAUUGUCGAUACAGGAGCAAGUGAUCAUAUGGCUUUUUUGUUGGAUAUGUUUGCUAACACACACAUGCUUAAACAACCUAUAAAAAUUGCGUUACCUGAUGGAACAUACAAACUGGUUGAUACAGUUGGAACCAUUUCAUUGACUCCUGAAAUCACUCUUUACAAUGUCUUCUAUGUUCCUUCUUUCAAACACAACUUAUUAUCCGUUGGCAGACUACUAGAUCAAAACAAUCUUAUUGCCAAGUUUGAGAAAAAUUCUUGCUGUUUCCAGGACCUUACAACUAGUAAUGUCAAGGCAGUUGCAAUGAGGCAUGGCGGUCUUUAUAGGUUUCUUAGGGAAGUUCCUUCUUCCUUUCUCGUUCAAAAUAAACCUGUUACUGUUGAAUCCUAUGUUUCACAAGCUUCUGUACAUACUUGUUCUCUUGAUAUAAUUCAUGCUAGGCUAGGCCAUGCAUCUUUGAGCAAAUUACAACAUUUGCCUUUCUAUUCAACCAUCAAUAAAACUGUCGAUUUUCAUUGUGAAGCAUGUGUGUUAGCAAAACAUCAUAAAUUGCCAUUUACUAUUUCAACAUCUAUUGCUUCUGCUUGUUUUGAUCUGGUCCACAUUGAUUUAUGGGGCCCUUAUGAGACUCCUACAUUGUCUGGGGCAAGCAAGGUUAAGGUGAUUAGAAGUGACAAUGGUACUGAGAUAGUUCAAGAAUUCUGUGGGGUUUUGUUUUCUUCAAAAGGAAUUAUUCAUCAGAAGACCUUGGUUGGUGUUCCUCAGCAAAAUGGACGAGUUGAACGGAAACAUCGACAUCUUCUUGAGACUGCCAGGGCUCUUCGGUUAUUUGCUAAUCUUCCUGUAAGGUUUUGGGGUGAGUGUUUGCUUACAUCCACAUAUCUAAUAAACUUGAUGCCCAGUUCAGUCUUAUCUUGGAAAACUCCCUAUGAGGUUCUAUUGAAAAAGCUUCCUGAUUAUGAGAAUCUGAGAAUUGUUGGCUGUCUUUGUUAUGCUGCUGUAAAAUCCCAUGAUAAGCUUGCACCUAGAGCUAGGAAAUGUAUCUUCCUAGGAUAUCCUUAUGCUCAAAAGGGUUAUAAACUCUAUGAUCUGAUUUCUCACAAGAUUAUUUUGAGUAGGGAUGUUGUCUUCAAGGAGAAUAUUUUUCCGUUUCACCAAACAAAAGCUGUUUCAGAACCUACUCAAUUACCUUUGGUUAAUCCCGCUUUGUGUCCUGAAAAUGAACUAGUUGAUGAUUCCCCUAUCAACAUUCCUCCUUUUCCUUCCCAACACAUUUCUUCUCCUUCAUCUUCUUCUGGUCAACAGCUUACUCAAUCUUAUACAGAACAACAGAAUUCUGAUUUCUCUUUCUCUUCUGAAUCUCCUUCCCAUUCUCCUUCUCAAACUCCUACUAAAAUUUCUCUUCCUUUGACUUCUUCUAUUCCCGAACAGAGAAAAUCUUCUCGAUCUAUUCAACUUCCAAAGAAAUUUUCAGAUUAUAUUCUUUCAAACACACAUAAACCCCAAGCGCAUUACACAUCUUUUCCGCUUUGGCGUUAA